CUCUAAAGUCUAAACAAUACUGAGCUAGAUUUCUGGGAAAUUUAGAAAAAGCUUUCAGAAGAAGGAGCAGAGCAUUCAAUGGCGGCGACCAAAGUUUACAUCGUGUACUACUCUAUGUACGGCCAUGUAGAGAAGUUAGCACAGGAGAUUAGGAAAGGUGCUGCUUCUGUUGAUGGAGUUGACGCCAGACUGUGGCAGGUACCUGAAACGCUCCAAGAAGAUGUGCUAUCUAAAAUGAGUGCACCGCCAAAGAGUGAUGCUCCUAUUAUCACCCCAAACGACCUUGCUGAGGCUUAUGGAUUUGUCUUCGGCUUCCCAACAAGGUUUGGUAUGAUGGCUGCUCAGUUCAAGGCAUUCUUGGACGCAACCGGUGGCCUCUGGAGGACUCAGCAGCUCGCCGGCAAGCCAGCCGGAAUCUUCUACAGCACAGGAUCCCAAGGUGGUGGUCAAGAAACCACUGCAUUAACUGCUAUUACUCAGCUGGUUCAUCAUGGAAUGAUAUUUGUCCCGAUCGGCUACACAUUUGGUGCUGGUAUGUUUGAGAUGGAGAACGUUAAAGGUGGGAGCCCAUACGGGGCAGGAACAUUCGCUGGAGACGGGUCGAGACAGCCAACGGAAUUGGAGCUGGAGCAAGCAUUUCAUCAAGGGAAAUACAUCGCAUCCAUAACUAAGAAGCUCAAGGGAACUGCUGCUGCUUAGAGCUCUCUCAAAAAAGAUAAUGCUUUGAUUCUUUGUUGGUAAAUUUCUAUAACUUGGCAUUUCAAAAAAAAAAAAAAAAUUGUUUUGGAAUUAGCUCACAGCAAUAACACACCAUUGCCUUUAUUUGUAACUUGUCCCACUUAAGAGUUAAGACUUGUUUAAAA